AGCGCGACAAUAGCAGCAACCGUGAAUGAAAUCUACCAUAUAAAAUCUAUCGACGUCUGAUCUGAAGUCCUGAAACAAAUUGAUGUCCAGUCUUCGUCUUGCUCCUUGCCCAACGACAUUAAAUAAGCAUCAACCCGCGCAUUCUGUCCAGGAGACAUUGAGAACCAAAAUCUUCGCCGGAAACAUACAUCGCGAAGCAAACCAAUCUUGUUCUACCAACCAAAAGCCCCGCCAAGUCAAGUGUUGUGGCCCAUCAAAACUGCUAUCCUUACGAGCACAACGCAGGUCAUUACGAUGGCUGUGUCAGAGGUGGAGUCUGUCGACUCCAUCUCGUACAGACUGCGAGACUUGCUGGCCCACGCUCGCCGAUUGAAAAGCUCGACUUCAAUAGAUCCUCGUCUGCCAGUGUCAGAUCUUUUCCAGGAAGCAGGGCAACCCAAAGUCCGUUCCCACCCAGUUCUUGCGAAGGGAAUACUGGAGGCAGCGGCCAGAAAAAUAUUCUAUGGUAUAUUGGACGAAUAUGAUAUAGAAGAGCCUGAAUUUGUUCAAAUGUGGAAUCUGUUGGAUAUUCUACAGCACUAUGAAGACAUCGGUCAAAGUUCACCAGCUCUGGUACUCUGGCUUCUCGAAGAGAUGCUUGACAGUCAGAACAUUGAAGCUUGUCGCCGUGUUUUCGAUUACAUGGAAUCGCGGAGAGAAAUCUUGAUCGCCAGCAACUUCUCAAGGAACAAAGAUUUAGUCAUCUUGAGGUCUUGCAACGAACUUCUUCGGCGUCUUUCUCGAGCUGAAGAUGCCGUAUUCUGCGGUCGCGUCUUCAUUUUCAUGUUCCUCAGCUUUCCACUUGGCGACAAGAGCUCCGUCAACCCCCGGGGCGAUUUCCAUGUGGAAAACGUCACGACGUUCGCCGACUCGCCAUCAGGAGUAUCGAACGGAGAGCCUGAUGAGAUGGAUGUGGAUGGAACGGAGGUCACUGAAACACAAGUCACAGUGAAUGUUCAGUCGGACGAUGCCGAAACCAACACAUCCGCGAAUCCAGACGAAAAGGUGGUGCAGAAGAAGACACCAACCUCUCAGGUCGAUAUUGAUACGCUCUAUCCCAUCUUUUGGUCCUUGCAACAAGCAUUUUCCAAUCCUACUCGACUGUUCUCUCAGGAAGCGUUCGACGAGUUCAAGAAAGGACUCGAGAUGACUCUACAGAAGUUUAAAGAGAUCCCGACGGUAAUUUCAGGAGAGAAACUGGGUGUCGGCCGUGGGCUAGCCAGUAGUUCUGACGAUUUCGCGAGCACAUUCAACCCCAAAUAUUUGACCAGCAGAGAUCUAUUCAAACUAGAGUUAAGCGAUCUUGCGUUUCAACGACACAUCCUCGUGCAGUCACUCAUUUUGAUCGACUUUCUCCUAUCCCUAACCGAGGCAUCGAAAAGCAAGCUAGCCCCAAUCACCACGCAGAAAGCACUCCGGUAUACCUUUACAGUGAGCGAACACGACGCCGGAUGGGCUCUUGGUAUCAAGCGAGCUAUCGUAAAUUAUCUGCAGGAGGGGCCCGAAGGCAAAUUCUAUCAUCGCAUGGUUGAAGUUGUCUUGUCCCGAGACAAGAAUUGGGUCCAAUGGAAACUGGAAAACUGUCCGGAGAUCAAACGUGCCCCUGUGCCGGCAGACGUCUUCCAGGAAUCGAAAUCUGGAGCGCAAAAAACAUGCGCUGGAAGGGUCAUGCGUGCAGCGCCCAUGGGGUCUUUAAGCUUGGCAUUUCUGUCAGAUAGCGAUGCAACAGAUGGAAUGGAGGGUCUCAGAAAUGGCGAUCGCACGGUGGUACCAACGCCAGAGAGCUUCAUUCAUGGCAUUCAAGGGGAUGACCUGGAUCUGGAAAUGGCAACUGAAGAUGAAAAGGAGUCAUUGCACACGGCUAAAACCAGUAAGACAUGGCGGGCUCUUCGCAUUUCAAGCAGGGAUAAGCUCAGCCGCUUCGAUCAGAUUGAUGAUGGAAAGAACAUCCAGAAGCUUACGCAGGUGGAGCCAUCUGCAGAACCGCACGCAGAACUUUCCAACGUCACUGAGCAAGGCGAGGCUGGUUCUGGGCCAGUAGAAUUGACAACAGAGAGCUCCGUGACCGAAAAGGGUGAGAAGGUGCAGGGAACACCGCCCUUGGAGGAACAGCGGGCCGGUUCUUCAGAUCAAGUGACAACAGCAGCAUCCGAGGGCACCGGUUGAAGAAGCGACAGCACAUUUCCAGAAAGACUAGCCAGGCGCCGUUGAACCAGAGACUAAUAAUUGGGCCAUCGACAAACAGAUCGACUACGAUCUAUAACGCAGGCACAUAUUGAGUA